AACACGUUCGCUGUGUAGCGAAACGUCGCAGAAAACUCUCCCACACAACCGUACCGCACCGAAAGCAAUCACGUGAAUACUGUGUAAUGGUGGUGAAGAGAAGAUCUGGUGCCGUUGGUGUUCUUGCCUGAGAGCUGCCUGCGUUCGAUAGCGAUUUUCCGUACGCUUUCCCGGAUUUGUUGCCCAUCGACCAUCGACCGUGCCGUGGGACAGUAGGUACUGUACGGUUUGCUACAUUCCCGGGACCAUCAUCGACCGCCGUCGCCGCGUACACAAGCAAAGUCCGAAGGGUGAACAGUUUGUGCAUUGAAAAGGGUUUCAGCCAGACAAAAUGUCCACAAUGACCGAGUACUGGUUAAUAUCGGCACCGGGCGACAAGACCUGCCAGCAGACCUGGGAAACGAUGAACAACGUUACCAGCAAGCAGAACAAUCUGUGUGAAAACUUUAAGUUUCACAUCCCGGACCUGAAGGUGGGAACCCUCGAUCAGCUGGUCGGUCUGUCGGAUGAUUUGGGCAAGCUGGACGGUUACGUCGAGCAGACGACGCGCAAGAUCGCCGCCUACCUGGGCGACGUGCUGGAAGAUCAGCGCGACAAGCUGUACGAGAACUUGCAGGCCAACAACAAUGAGCUGGCCCUGUACAUUACCCGCUUCCAGUGGGAUUUGGCCAAGUAUCCGACGAAGCAAUCGCUGCGCAACAUUGCGGACAUCAUUUCCAAACAGGUCGGACAGAUCGAUGCGGACCUGAAGACGAAAUCGGCCGCCUACAACAAUCUGAAGGGUAACCUGCAGAAUCUGGAGAAGAAGCAAACUGGCAGUUUGCUGACGCGCAAUUUGGCCGACCUGGUGAAGAAGGAACACUUCAUCCUGGACUCGGAAUACUUGACCACGCUGCUCGUGAUCGUUCCGAAGGCCAACAUGGGCGACUGGAACGCACACUAUGAAAAGAUCACGGACAUGAUUGUGCCCCGUUCGUCGCAAACGAUCACACAGGAUGCGGACUACGCCCUCUGCACGGUUACGCUGUUCAAGAAGGUGGUCGAUGAGUUUAAGCUGCACGCGCGCGAGCGCAAGUUUGUGGUGCGUGAGUUCGUGUACAAUGAGGAAGAACUGGCGGCAGGCAAGAACGAAAUCACGAAGCUGGUUACGGAUAAGAAGAAGCAAUUCGGUCCGCUGGUGAGAUGGUUGAAGGUGAACUUUAGCGAGUGCUUCUGCGCCUGGGUCCACGUGAAGGCAUUGCGUGUGUUCGUCGAAUCGGUAUUGAGAUACGGACUGCCAGUCAAUUUCCAAGCCAUCCUGAUCCACCCGAACAAGAAGAGCACAAAGCGUCUGCGCGAUGUUCUGCAGCAGCUGUACAGCCAUCUCGACGGCUCGGCGGGUUCUUCCGGUGGCAAUGCGGAUAACGUCGAUAUUCCUGGGCUCGGUUUCGGACAGUCUGAAUACUACCCGUACGUGUACUAUAAGCUAAACAUCGACAUGGUCGAAACGAAGGUUUAAACACACACACACCGCGAGAGAUAGGGCAAAUUUUUGGUUUCAUUCAACCUUAUCGCGUUUAUCCGGUUUUUUUUCCACGCGCUAUUGUAUUUUGAUGUUUUUGUCCCUUUGUGUGUAGGCUUUUUUUUCCUCCGUUUUUUUUUUUCAUUUUAAAUGAUGUAAAGGGCAAUUUCAAAUAGUUUCCCCUCCCGCAGUUUUCGCACAAACGAAGAAUCCUGUUUUUUUGCCUCAUGUUCACGCUCGAAGAGCCUUCCUUACGUUCUUAUCCGCUAUCGAAACACUCACACACACACACACACACACGUACAUGCGUUCGUUUUUUUUUUUGUUUUUAUUUUUCCCACUUGUAAUCAAAAUUGAUUAUUAUGUUGAUUAUUUUAUUAAUUAUUGCGUAAUGUGCAGCAGAUAGUUAGUGUGUAGUUUUGGUUUAUUCGUCUGUUUACCUUUUUCGAUCAAUUUUCCAUCAUACUCUAUGUCCGCUUUUUCCACGUUUUCGGCCAUAGUGGUUGUUAGCUGUAAAACAAGCUGUAAUUAAGCGAUGUUGCAGAACAGGAAGAAGAAAAAAAGACCGAUCAUACUGAAACUGUAAUGAGCAGUACGAAGAGCGUUCGUAUUUGAGCAAGUUGAUAAAACGACAAAAACAGACAGUAAAGAAAGCAGUAAACAUCCCAAACGUUGGCUGGUUUGGCGUACAAGCGGAACGGUUAGGAAGGUACGCCGGGUACACCACCAUCGUAUGCCGCCGGCGUACGCUCUUUUGCCGGUAUCCCAGCUACGGUGAGCGUGCGGGUGCGAGGAUCCAAUCCAGCGUAAGAUUCCUCAAACUCGGCGCUUUAAUGCUACUAGCAGAAAUGAUCAAAGUAUUAUCUCGUGUCACAAUCAAUUUGCCAAACGGUCAUCGAGCAAAUAAUCAGCAAUCGCAGUAUAGCGUUACCGUUGCACUCUCCGAUACGCAUGGGUACAGUCACAUUGUUGGUGCUGGAAAUGGAAUGAAGCUAGGCACUAUCGCCUAUCGGGAACAUCACAGUUUCAUUCUCCAUCCAACCCGUCUCUCCUGUACACGGUGUGAUGGUUGACCCCCCCCGAAACAAUAAUCAAAGUAUCAAAGGUGUGUAUUGUAAGGACGUCCUCUAAACCCUCCCAUCCUUACUGGCCGAUAGUAAUAAGUGUCCGCGUGCAGAUGAGGUGAGAGGGAGGAUUGUGUUUGGCUAAACUCUUGUUACUUGAAUGUGCAAAUUCUAUAAACUAUUCCAUAAGCGAAGAAGAACCCCUCCUCCCCCCUUUAUUCCAAAUGAGUAUCAUAAUUGUAAAGUGCACAGGUGGCACAAAAGACCGCUUGCGCCAGUAGCUAAACCACCUUUGCGAAUCGUUUCCGAGGAUAAUAAUAUGCCGAUUGGAUAUCGUUGCAAGCGAAGGUAGUCUUUUGUUAUCGUAUAUUAUAUUUCGUGUAAAUAAAACAGUAGUUCCGAGGUGGAAAAUGUAGACGACUGUACAACACAAAACAAAAAGAAAGCCGGAACCAACAGUCUAAAUGCAAACAGGAAAAUGGCGCGCAUACUAAUGGAACAGUUACAAAACCAAUAAUAAUGAUGAUGAUGAAGAUGAUGAUAGGAACAUUCCAAGCGAAGCAAACGUA